AUGUCGCCCGCAGGAACAGUCCACUCCCCGGAAGGACGCGGCCGCAACCUCUUCCAGCAGCGCCGAAGAGAAUGCAACAAAAUCCGGACUCCAGCAGGGAACCCCUCUAAGGAAGAUGAAGCCGCCGGACUUGAGGCUGGUGGCGCGAAAACGGAUUCAGGGGUUGCGAAGACGGAUCAGAAGGAGCAGAAGAAGCUUACUUUGAUGCAAAAAGUAAAGAAAGAGGUACAGCAUUACUGGGAUGGGACCAAACUUCUCGCCGCAGAAGUCAAGAUCAGCACCAGACUAGCCAUCAAGAUGGCGGGAGGGUAUGAAUUAAGCCGACGAGAAAACCGACAACUUCAGCGCACAGUCCAGGAUCUGGGCCGCCUUGUGCCCUUCUCGGUCUUCAUCAUUGUGCCGUUUGCAGAGCUUUUGCUGCCCAUAGCCCUCAAGCUUUUCCCCAACCUCCUACCCAGCACUUACGAAGGCCAAAAGUCUAAGGAGACCAAGGCCACCAUGCUCCGGGCUACACGCAACGAUGUCAGCAAGUUCCUACGGACCACGCUUAGGGAAACCGGUCCGGACCACCGGGAGCAGCCGACGGCGGAGGACGUGAUCAAAGUAUGCAAGAUCUUCAGGGACGACUUGACUCUUGACAACCUCUCCCGACCUCAACUCUACUCCAUGUGCCGUUAUCUCAACCUGAGCACGUUUGGCAACGACACUAUGUUGCGAUAUCAAGUUCGCCACCGGAUGCGCCAGAUCAAGCGGGACGACAGGACCAUUUCCUUUGAGGGCGUUGAAAGUCUAAACGUUGCCGAGCUCCAGGCUGCUUGCGCGAGCCGGGGCAUCCGGACUUAUAGCGUGUCGCCCGCGCAAAUGCGCAAGGACCUUCAGACUUGGCUCGAGUUGCGGCUCAAGGAGCAAGUUCCUCGACUAUCCUC